AUGGAAGCGGACAAAUCUGAACAAAAGGUUACCGUGUGGAUGUCGGAGCGGAGCAGCUAUGUGGAAAACUUUCCUGGAGUUAUAUUUAGGAUCAAGAAUGCCAGCCAAUUCGGCAAGAACGUUUUGAAUAUGGAUGAUGGGCCAAAAAAUAUUCAAGAGCUUCCUUGGGAAUCACUUUUCAAGUUGAGACCAACAGUUAUUGAAUUAGUAUUUGGUAGAAAUCCUUGGCCACAAAUCAUUUAUUAUCUAGAAGAUAAUUAUUCGGAUGAGCAGAUUGCUUUAUUCUUUGAACGCGUAAAAAUUCUUUCUCUUCGUCAAACUGAUGUCAACGCUAAAAACUUAAUGAAAUUGUUAGAAAGAUUUACCCUUCUUGCUGGAUUCACAUGCAGUGAAACCAAUUUCAACAGAGCGGAAUGGGCGAUGAUUAUGAAACAACUUCGAAAGCUGAAUUUACGAGGAAUUGACCUUUCCCAAAAUGUCGUUCAGGAAACUUAUGACUAUUUAGACGUUAGUCUUUUAAAGUUAUCUGGAAAUCCGGGGGUUGAUAUAACAGAAUUUACGAAAGGAAUUGAACUGGUCACAGUUCGAACACUAAUCGUUGAGGAACUCUUCUACGAACCUGCAGAUGCUGGCCGAAUAUUUUUGAGUCACAUAUGCGCAACAUUUCCCCGAUUAAGAACACUUAUUUGGGAUUGGAAUGUAAUUGAUCCUGAAAUCGUUAUCAAUGACGAUACAAAAGAGAUUGUUAAACAAAUAGGAACUGUGGCCACCGAACUUGCACUAGAAGCUUUAGCCGUGGUUGCUUAUACUCCAAAUGACGAAACUAAGUAUUCGAUACAACAAGUAGCAAGAAUUCUGACUUCAUAUACACCUAAUGUUCAAUUACAUCAAUUUUCAUCGAAAGGAAUUUCGAACGGAAAGCAUAAUUUUAGCAUUGUAAUUGCUGGUACCAAUCUUCAUAUUCGUCGACAAAUAAUGCAGAUGUACAUCGAGGAGCGGUCCACAAUGCCCCCAAUUGGUAAAUUGCUUCAACUAAACGCGAAUGAGAUCCCUCAAAUCUAUCCUGCGCUCACUAUCGAUUUUGCCGGUUUUGACAAUGAUCAUGUGAAGCAAGUUCUAAAUUUCGAAGCAAACGCAAAAUAA